GAGAUCUGCGAAGGAUCGUAAGAAAGAUCAGCAGAUUCGACAGGCUCGGCUCGAGGCGGCCACACAUAAGACAGGAGCGUCGAAUCGGCUGCUGCUGUUUAGACCAACGUAUUACCCGGAGUGCUCUGGUCCAUGGGGUCACGAAGAGUCGGACACGACUAAACAACAACAAUUACCCGGAGUGUUGAGAACGGACCGUAGAGAAAAGGCAGCGCAACACACAGAGAUAAACUUCCGGUAAAAAGCGACGCCGCUGGUGGCUCCGCCGCAAUUGGGCACCAUAGAGAGCGCGAAGCAAAAGCUAGAAUGACACGCACACACACACACACGAACUUCCGGUUGAGGUUCACCGGCUUGAUUGGGCUUCCGGUCCACAUGCCUGGAGAGUGUCUUGGGGGGUCGCUGUUAGCCGUGGCAUCAUUUCUGCCCUUGGUGAGGCCUCGCCCGGGGGCGGGGGGAAGGCGAGGAGGUGGGAACUUCUCAAGGCGGGAAGCGAGGCGCUGAGGCGUUUCUCCCUCACGCCGGGCGGUCCUGUUCUACACAUCAGCGUGGGGAUUAAGUCCCACUGAAUUCAGUGAGCCUUACUUCCGAGUAGACGUGUCUUGGGUUCCGCGUUACGGUAAUUUCCAGAGCAACAGCCGUGUUAGUCUUUUGCAGCAGCAAAAAGCAAAAGCAAAGCCCAGCGAAGAAAUCUUGUGGCUCUUUAAAUACUUAACGCGUUUACAGUACUUUGGCUUAAGCUUUUUGUGGUCGGCAGCCCAUUUCGUGAGGGGCGUUCAGAGGUUGUGCUAUAAUAAAUUUGUUAUGUCUUUAAGGUGCCAGAAGACUCAUUGUUGCGGUGCUAAACCACUGCGUGUCUCCUCAGAACUGAGUUCACUGGGGCUUAUUCCUAGGUAAGCAGAUAGAGGAUUGCAGGCUUAGGCUGAAGUUUCCCUUAGGCCCACACAAUACCUACACAGGUGGGAGCAUCCUGAAGUUUUGUACUUGCAUGUUUAUUUAGGUUUUUAAAAUCUCCGCUCCCACAAGGAGGUCAGGAUGUUGGUGGUUCUUAUUACUUACUAUAUUUAUAUCCCACGUUUUCCACCACGUAACUCAAGGGUACCAAGUCAGACCAUUUGUCCAUCUCGCUCAGUAUUCUCUACUGAUGGGUAGCAACUCUCCACUGUUUCAGACUUUGAGUCUGUCCCAGCCCUACCUGGAGAUUCUGGGGAUCGAAUCUGGGACCUUCCGCAUACAGUGCAGAAGUUGUACCCCUGAGCCAUGACCCUUCCCACUUCUUCUGUUCAGGGGAUAGUAAUUACCAACUCUACUUUCUCCAACCUUGGUGGUAUUACUUAUCGACCUCCUUGUUGUUUUCCAGAAGUGACCAGGAUAAAUGGAUUCUGACUUGCUUCAAGUUCGCCAUAUAGUACAAGAAGCAAUUGGCACCCUAUCUGUUUCCAGAGAUGGAGCCCAGAUCUGUGAGACUUUGCGGACAAUUAAGAGCUACCUUGGUGGAACUGAAAAUCCACCCUCCAUGAAAGAGAAAGAAGAAUUUACUCGUAAUCAUUUUACUACCUUUCUGCAGUGUCUUAUCAGUAACCUGAGUCUUGAUUGGCUGGAGCAGUUCCAAUCAGAUGAAGAUAAGGAGUUAUGGGAUUGCUUUUUCUUGGAAGGACCAGCAGACCAAACUUUUAUGGUUCUUUUGGACACCAUUAUUUCUACAGCGUAAGCAUGGCUACUGUGCUGUGAUCUCUAAUUCUAAAACUGUUUUGUUUUUAGGAUGCUCUCAAUUUAGAGGCCUGAAUCCCAAGAGCCCAGUGCUAAAAGCACUUUUGCACACAUAGGGAGACUGCUGAUUUUUAUUUUUGACAGCUGUCUCGCACUUCAUCAGAUGCCACUCAACAUUUCAUAGCAGCUUUUUGGAGUAGGGUGUAAUGUUUGAGGUGCAGUGGGAAAGAGGAUCCCAAAAUGUCAAAAUGCAUAUGCAAAGGAGUGUGUGUGUGUAUGUGUGUGUGUGUGUGUUUGUGUUUUAAAUCCCACUUGUAGGCUCAGUUCAGAUGUAAUUCGAAAAUCCAUUAUUUGGUGCUGUGUGAGUUGGCAUGGAAUAAGCUUUGUGCUCAUGCACUGUGUCUUCUCCCUCCUAGUUUGAGUCUGUUUGCCCAUCUUAGGUUUCAAGCCAAUUACAAACUGUAGUUUCUGAGUUUGGAUGUAAGGGCAAACUAGUUUGCCACAAGCCAUAAAUGGAAGGCAAUGCCAAGGGGCUGAGGGUGUGCCUAAUCAUUCAGCCAUGGUUUGGCAUAACAUCUGAAAUGAGUCAUUGGCUGCAUUCAGGCAUAACUCUAUAGCAUGGUUUUGCAUCAUGAGAAUGAGCAUGGCUAAAUGUUGGUCUCAUGUGCCCUCCUCUUCAGCGUUCAUGAGAAGAUUGAAAGCUUCUCCUUUCCCUUUAAAACUAAUCACAGAUCCCUGUAUGUUCUAACUUAGGAACUGAGGUUUGUCUAACUGGUUACUUAAAACAAAUAAGACUCAAAACAAUGUUUUUUAACUAGCUGCUCUUAGUGCAAACCAUAGUUCACAUGUUUAGAAAUAACAGGUGAUUGUGGUUAAUUCAAAAAACAAAAGCAAAGGCUUUUGAUCUUCUCAUACAUGCCAAGAAGUAGUGAAGAGGAGAAAGUGCAUGAUCCCAAGACUCAUUUUCCUAAUAUUGAACUGUAGUUUAGUGUUAUUUCUGAACCUGGUAAAUGUUUCAGUAUACAGUACUGCAUGGACAGAACCCAAAUAUGCUUUUAUUUUACCUCUCACUUUGCAAAAGUUGCUAUCGUGAUUGAUCAUAGUUUUAUACCAAGAAUACAAUUUCUACACCAUAAAAAGUUAAAAAUUCCCCUUUAGAAAACAAUGUAGACUUGACUAUUUUGCCUAAUUCACACAUUCUUAGGUGCAAUAUUUUGGGCUUCACAGAAUUUUGAAUCCCUUAGUAAGGGAUAUCAUCCUGAGGUUCAAAGAAAGGAGAUGUGUGGUUGCAGGAGUUAUACAAGAGUUAUGGGGUAAGUGUGUGGAAAUAAUUGUGGUGUGGAUAUGUUAGAGGAAGAGUGAACUGCCUUUGGUCAAGGAUGCUAUAAUUCUUUCCUGUAGUUGUGUUAGAUGUUCUUUAAAAUUCCUUCCAGUUCUAAAGGUGGUAGCUAACAGAAAUUGAUGUUCCUUAGUUGAUAUCAAUGGGUCUGCUUUGAGUAUGACUAAUGUUGGAAACACCCUAAAAUUCUAUGAUUCUAGAACAGCUUGAUGGACAUCUGUGAGUCCUCAAUACGCAUUGCUUAUACAUUUUCAAGUCUUUGCCCACAACCAGGAAUCAUAGAAAAGUGUGGUUUAAAAAACAACCACCAGAAUUGCAGGUGAUGAUGUUAUCUGUUGAGUUGCUUUUUCCUUAUGAAUUGAAAACAAAGGCAGAAAAAUACCUUUCCAUGCAGGCCCAGUUUCCGUCUGAAUAAAGUUGUCGAUGUGCUGGAGCAGUUCCUGCAGAGAGCUGGACUGUCUGCUCUGAUGUGGGAAGUCUGCAAACAACAAACACAAGCUGGCCCUUCAGUCCUACAGGAGGCCAUCCUCAAUAAGGUGGCCUGUCUCCCUGAUCACCUAGGCAACAAGCUCCAGGAAGAAAACCGGCCUGUCUUCUUCCCCCAAAACUACUUCCCGCUGCUUGGUGUGGAGAUGGUCCAGGUGCUGGAGAGGAUCUCUGAUUCACUGCGAGGUGAGAUUUCACAGGAUCUGCUGCUGCUGCUGCUGCUGCACUGACAGGCCAUGGCUAAGAAUAACAAGUAUUUAAAACCAGUUCUGAAAUUAGGGGAGGGCGGAGGGAAGGGAAGGGGACCCUUAAGGAAAUCUGCAAGACUUGCCCCUGUUUCCUCCCAAGUUUAGCCAAAUGACAGGUUUCCCCAUAACCUUUUGCAAACAAUAGCUAAGGAGGUGUCAGAAAAUAGAAAGGGGCCAGACUUUGCCUCUUGUCUUCCAAAUAAAGCAGUUAACACAGGUGAAACCGGAUGGCUGGUCUCAACCAAACCAAGCAAUGCAUAGCUGAAGACCAGAUUGCUGUCCUCAGCCAGGUACAUAGUUACAGAAACAGGGGAAGGAUCCUAGCUAGUGACCGUUGAGUAGAGGUAGAGGACCAAAUCAUGUCCUCCCUUAGUCUUUUAAAAUGGAAGCAAAAGGAACCCAACACAAAAGUUAGGGUGGAGGUAGCCUCUCCCCAUUUGACUGCCUGUAAUUUGAGCACUAGACAAAACAAUAACUUUAUGUCAUGAAUCUACAUUGGUAUAGUAGGAGUAUGCAAAUAUUUUUGAGGUUUUUGUUUUUUUCAGAAUUCUUUGUUGUGGAUAAUUUUUUGUCUAGAUACUGCUUGAUGAAGAGCUCUGUGAAGACCAAACUUACAAACUGAACUUGGUCCAAUAAACUAUAUUUGUAUUUCUUGGUGCCAACACAGUGAUCACAGCUAUCAAACUACAUUGUUACUUAAAAUAAUAAUCUGACACCCGUAUAUCUUUAGGUGCAUGUGAAUAAUUAAAGGCAGAAGGUUGUGUGUGUGUGUGUGUAUGCGUGCGUGUGCAGUCCAACCAAAAUAAAGCACAUUUAAAUCCCAUUGUUGUCAGUGUGAGUCUUAGGCCUAGAGAAUUCAAAAAAUCUUUUGCAGGUAUACAGUAGUUUAUUGAUUUAUAUUGUGCCAGUGAUGCAGAUGGUGCUUUGCAUCUAUCUCAGGGUACACUGACCAGCCGUGGCUCUCUGGAGUUUUUGCUGGGGAACGUUCCCCGCACCCCUGGAGGGGGUGGGCCUUAGUGGUUUGCUGUGUAAUCAUCUGGGUCUGUGGUCAUUCAUGAUCUCACAGAAAUGGAUUAGUUUUCCUAGCCUUGAAAGGAAGGCCAACCUAUUUUGUGCAGAGCUGGCUUCUCUCAAACCUCAUACUGAGGCUUUCAUUGAGUAGUGAGUUUUAUUCUUCUGAAAGGACUUUGUCAUCCUCACUUGCAUGGACCCACUUUUCAUUCUUCAUGUUUAGCUCACUAACAGUUUGUUCUGGGUGUAAGCUUUAUCUGAAGAAGUGUGCAUGCACACGACAGCUUAUACCCAGAACAAACUUAGUUGGUCUCUAAGGUGCUACUGGACAAUUUAUUUAUUUUUUUUAUACAAAGCUCCAGGUUAUUGACUUCCCCUGAGGACUUCCAUUUCUAUGCCAGUGCUCUGUUCAUCUUCGUGGAAGCUUUGCAGCUGGAGCUUCAGUCUCAGUUCUGUGAUCUGACAGAUCCAUCGACUAAUGUGGCUUUUCUUGUAUUCCAGGUGGCUUGGAUUGCUCAAUCUCCUUUGUGUCCCAGGUGCUAGGGAAGGUAUGCAUGCAUGGAAGACAAAGUGAGUGCUCUUUAAAGCUUGCAGUAAGCCAUAGCUUCCUUUUUAGCAUGUCUGCUUUCAAAGUUGCUUUCUCUCUGCUCUGUCACUGGUUGAAUCAAACUGCAGCAAUUGAUUAUCACUUGAUGUAAUGAUGCUUCAAAGAACUCCUAUGUAGUCUGGUUAGAGUGUUGCAGUUGGUAGUGUGGUUCAUAUGAACAUUUGAAGCAGCUUUAUGCUGAGUCGAUCUAGCUCUGCCUAGUCAGCAGCACUCCAAAGUCUCAGGCAGAUUUUCCUCCUGCAGCGCUGUUACCUGAACUGAAGUUGCCGGGGAUUGGACAUGGGACCUUAUGAGUACAGAGCCUGUGCCCUACAACUGCUUUAUGCACAGAGUCCCCAAGCUUGGCAUAUCGCUGGAGCUCAUUUCACAAAAAACAGUCACACUCAUUCUGAAGAUUUAACUGUAUGUGCAUAAUGAAGUGUAAGAAAUUACACCGUAUCGUAAAAAGUAUUUAGCCUCUCGAGUUACAACUCUAUGAAGAUUAUUGUCUUAUGAGGAGGCUGGAGUCUCUGGAACCUGGAAAUAUUAAGCAACUUAAUAAUAAUGUUAGUUAAUAAUAACAAAUGAUGAUUUGGGGCCACUAAGGAGAGAAUUCCAAGAGAGCUUUUAGCUUUUCCAGAUAACUUGAUUUUUUGUUCCUGCUGUCUUGCCCUCUUUUCCCUGUACCCCCACCCCAUGGCUUGUGAAAAGUCAUUGGGUGCUCUUCCACAUUACAAUAAACCACGUGAGGAAGAGACAAGGAAAGUCAGCUGGAAUACAUAAUCAAGUUACCUGGUAAAGCUAAACCAUGGUUUAUUGUGGCAUGCAUGAGCUGCAGUGAACCUUGGGUUCAUGUGAUUCCUUCCCCCAGACUGGAGGUUAGCCACCUCUGCUAUGAUGAAUUCUUAGAAACUGUCUAAGUUAUAAAUGACUCGGACAGCCAGGCAGGUGGCCUGGAAGAGGAACUGGAUGCUGGCUAAACAGGGAGUAUUGGUUUGACAGCCAGUUUUUCUUUUGUAUUCUAUGUCUCUCUUUAAAUGACUUGAUCUCAACAGACUUAAGACUGAGCACUGCUUAAGAGAAUGCAGCUGUUAUCCCUUUUUCAGCCACUAGGAGGCAGACUUUUAAAGAACAAUGCCAUGGAAGGAAUAUAUAAUGCCAUGAUUUACAGUGGCGAAGAACAAUAUUAUAUGAUGUGUGAAGGGCAUUCCUAUAAAAAUGUUUUUAAAAGCUCUCCGUCUCAAAGAACAGCAGGAAAGAUCCCCCUCUUCCCACCACCCAAAUUAUCUUAACUAUUGGCCAAAAUAAAUAAAUAAAUAAGGAAGUAAAAAGGAUUUUUGAUUUCAAAGCAGCUCCUUUUCUUCUUCUUUUGGAAUGCAGAAGAAAUCCUGAACGUGUUGGUGUCCCACCUGACGGAUCAUACCCAGUCUGACUGCAUCUGGCAGAGGAUAUGCUGGCGACUGGUGGAGAGUGUGCCGGAUCGCUGGGUGGAACCUGUGGUCUGUGGCUUUGUGCAGGCAGCAGCAGGGUAAGCAGCCAAACCUUUGUGUGGAAUGAUGGGCGCGUGUCAUGCCUCCUUGUAUCCUUGCAGCAGUUGAAAAUGGUUCCCCCUGCACCACAGUGGUACCUCGGGUUAAGUACUUAAUUUGUUCUGGAGGUCUGUACUUAAUCUGAAACUGUUCUUAACCUGAAGCACCACUUUAGUUAAUGGGGCCUCCUGCUGCUGCCGCGCGACCGGAGCACAAUUUCUGUUCUCAUCCUGAAGCAAAGUUCUUAACCUGAAGCACUAUUUCUGGGUUAGCGGAGUCUGUAACCUGAAGCAUAUGUAACCUGAAGCGUAUGUAACCCGAGGUACCACUGUACAAAUUAGAUUUCCUUUCAUCCUGCUCAGCUGUUGAAGUUUGGAAAGGAGGAAGGCUUAUUUAUUUCAUUUAUUUAUUUAUUUGUAUGUAUGUAUGCCUCCUCAUAAAACACAGCCCUUUGGGCAACUUACAAUAAAUGACUCUUUAAAACAAUCUGAAUAUAAGACGGUUAAACUAUGAACUACAAAUAACUACAAGAAAAACACAGGUCACAGCACCUCUAAGAUGUAAAACACAGACUUAAAAACUGGAGAGAACCUGGCAAUAUAAGUUGUUUAGGUGGCCUGGGUAACAAGAGAGGUCUCUACCUGGCACUGAAAAGUCCACAGGGAUGACACCAGGCAAGCCUUCCUGGGAAGGGAGUUCCAUUACUAGGUGCCAGUACCAAAAAGGCCUUCUCUCUGGUGGUUGUCCAUAUCUCUUUAUUCAGUGGGAGCACCCCAAUACCACACCUGAAAAGAAUCUUAAAAGUUUGGUUAGGCCAAGGGUGGUCUUUCAGACAUAUUAGAUUUGAGCAGAGAGACAUCUCUCUUGCUUUUAUUUGCCCUUAUAGGACGGGAACCUGAAUAUUGCAUAUCUUGCUUUGCCAAUACAUUCCAGACUUCUAUUUGUGAAUCAUCUAGUCUUGUGAUCCAGUUGUGAUUUUAAAACAGCACCGAUUCAGAAGAAGGACAUUCAUGGUUGAAAUGUUGUUUUGUCUGUAUUGCUAGACCUGCCGUGCUGUCACGAUUGUUGGGGAAUUUGGUUGUCAAAAGCAAGAAGGCUCAAUUUGUGAUGACCCAGAAGAUGCUGCUGCUUCAGUACAGCUAUCCGGUGAGAGUCCUUGGAUGUCAUUAAUCAGGAGGCAAGCAUGUUUGUUGGGAUGGCAUUAUAUGCUAUGUCUAAGAUGGGUGACCUGUGUUUUUACAAGUUGUGAUGUUGCGGUGCUUGUGCUCUUGGACUUGCAAGUAGAAGUUUCAGGGUGCCCCUUCUGAGGCAGGUUUGGGGAAAUGUAGGCCAGCAGCAUCAGGAGGACAUCACAUUGGCAAACCCUGGUUUAAGGAAAUAACCCUGCCAUCCUGCUUUCUGACCAUAAACCUGUAAAUUGCAUGCACUGUUUUUCUUUUCUUCUAAUUUUCUUUUACAAUAUCAACACAAUGCAUAUCGUAAUGGUACACUGAGCAUAUUUGUAAAUUUUACAAUUACAACAAAUUGGUCCGCUAUGAACAUUCAUUGUCAAGCUCAUAUUCCCAUAUAAUGAUCUGAACAGUAGGUCACCUGGUUUGGUUUAUAGUUCAUAGCUUACCGGAAGAUAUUGAGAGAGUUUGUUCUUUCUCAAAGGGUCUGCUGUGAUUUCCAUUGUUUGCUUUCUGUAUGAUACAGACUAUGGUGCUCCAGAACCUCCUUGGAUAUCUAGCCCUGGACAACAUGCGGCGUCUCUUACUGAUCAAGGUAAGCAGGGUAAUGGUUAGCAAAAUAUAUUUCUAUAUAUGUGAGACAGAAAGAGAUAACAUGCAACUUGGUAGAGUUCAUAGGAGUACCUUCCCAGCCCUCUUAUGUGUAAUGUAAAAAAAACACAUCAGAACUAACUUACACUGAAAGAGGAGUGACCCCAGAGCCACUCAUCUUGCCAGCCUGUGUUUCACUCCUUUUCCGUGUGCUAACAAACUAAAGGUUUAAAAGUGAGAUAAAUGGGUGGUCAUUUCAGAGUGGCCUUUCUCUGUCAGUGGAUGAGAUCUUUUCAUAAGGUUGGCUCUCCCACUUGUCACAAGAUGCUGAAUAUCCUGUGCGAGAGAGGAUUUUCGAGUUCUGGGGAAUAUUGGAUGUUGAUGGAGCACCAUUGCACUGAAACCAAGUUGGGUUCUCCAUCCCAAAGAAACAGUGGGGUCACUCAGAGGAGAAGAUGGUGAAAUGCAAACAGGGGACACAGAAAGGGCUGAACUCCUCAAUGCCUUCUUUGCCUCAGUCUUCUCCGAUAAAGAAAACAAUGCCCGACCUGAAGAAUUUGGAGCAAAUGAUUCAGCAGAGGAAACACAGCCCAGAAUAACUAAGGAGAUAGUACAGUGGUGCCUCGCAAGACGAAAUUAAUCCGUUCCGCGAGUGUCUUCGUCUAGCGGUUUUUUCGUCUUGCGAAGCAACCCUAUUAGCGGCUUAACGGAUUAGCGCUAUUAGCGGUUUAGCGGCUAUUAAAGGCUUAUCGGCUUAUCGGAUUAGCUGCUAAAAGGCUAUUAAAGGCUUAGCGGCUUAGAUAAAGGGGGGGAAAGCGGGAAAAAAUCUCAAGACUCGCAAGACAUUUUCGUCUUGCGAAGCAAGCCCAUAGGGAAAUUCGUCCUGCGAAGCAACUCAAAAACGGAAAACCCUUUCGUCUAGCGGGUUUUCCGUCUUGCGAGGCAUUCGUCUUGCGGGGCACCACUGUACAAGAAUACCUGGCUAGUUUAGAUGUAUUCAAGUCUCCAGGGCCAGAUGAACUGCAUCCAAGAGUAUUAAAAGAACUGGCAGAUGUGAUCUCAGAACCACUGGCAGUCAUCUUUGAGAAUUCCUGGAGAACAUGGUCAAAGGCCUGGAAACGAUGCCUUAUGAGGAACGGCUAAGGGAGCUGGGCAUGUUUAACCUGGAGAAGAGGAGGUUAAGGGGUGAUAUGAUAGCCAUGUUCAAAUAUAUAAAAGGACGUCAUAUAGAGGAGGGAGAAAGGUUGUUUUCUGCUGCUCCAGAGAAGCGGACACGGAGCAAUGGAUACAAACUACAAGAAAGAAGAUUCCACCUAAACAUUAGGAAGAACUUCCUGACAGUAAGAGCUGUUCGACAGUGGAAUUUGCUGCCAAGGAGUGUGGUGGAGUCUCCUUUGGAGGUCUUUAAGCAGAGGCUUGACAACCAUAUGUCAGGAGCGCUCUGAUGGUGUUUCCUGCUUGGCAGCGGGUUGGACUCGAUGGCCCUUGUGGUCUCUUCCAACUCUAUGAUUCUGUGAUCCUCACCUCUUCUGGUUUAGCUUGCUAGGGUGGGAAGAGGAGGCAAUAGUCACUAACCGACUGAAAAAGUUGGUGGGAUUGCAGAUGCAGCCAUGUGUUCCUUCCAGCAGAUUGAUGAGAAUGUUGUGUUUUGGCUGCUCCAUCUGGAGGGCAGGGGGGUUGUAGCUGGGACUGUUGCAAAGAAAGACACACACACACACACACACACACACACACACACACACACACACACACCUUUCUCCCAAGACAUCCUGAGUCCAAGGAGCAAGCUCUGCACACACUGGUGGGACUGUCUCCCUGGAGCCCAACCCUUGAGAGGAGGCCUCAGAUGGCAAUUCAGCCCAGAUAUGCAGGGCAAAGCUUUCUUAGUAAAGCACAGGGCAGAUGAUCCCGAGACAUUAAGAGUUACUGCCUUGACUAAGAGGUUCUGUACAUCUUACUCCUCCUUGACGCUGCUGGUAAUUGGGGGGUCUUUACACCCCCAAAUUUUGCUUCUGGAUAAAAAGGGGAUGAUGAGAUAUCUUAACCAAGCCUUUAAGAGGCAUAGGUCUGGCUCCAGCAGAAGAUUCCCUCAUACAAAGUGGAAUUGGGUUCAUUGGCACUUAAUGUGAAGGUGCCUCCUCUGGUGGACGAAGGGAGUCGGUCACUGCUGGGUUAUUAUGCUAAGAGGCCCCAAAAGGAGGCUUGUGGGGACAGGGGCAGAAUGACACGUUGAACCCAACACUCAGGUUUCUAACGCAGGUUUUGAAAGAGCUGCUGGAGACCUGGGGAAGCAGCACUGCUGUGAAGCACUCCCCAGCGGAGCAGCAGCUGUACAUCAGCAAGGCCAUUCUGAUCUGCCUCUCUCAUCUGAAAGAAGCAGAAAUACAGAGCGACAGACAAGGUAAGGGAGAGAGAAAAGGACCAAGCUGGCAUCUUGGGCCUCUGGACCUCAAAAUCUUCAUGGUGGAAUCUGGGUGACUUCCUGGGAGAUGCUCACAGGGUGGCCACGGCAAUUGGUUGUAUCCGGUACCAGUCUUACUCACAGUAUACUUAUUGAAAUGAAUAAGCCUAAGAUUGCCCUGUUCAUUCUCUUCAGUGGGACUAUUCUGCACAGGACCACCAUUGGAUAGAACCCAUUAUCUUGGUGUGAAUGUCAUAAAACUGCAGUUUAUUGAGAUGUGGUGAGAUCAGUAGGAUGUCUUGCCAAUAGAGAUCAGCUGAGAAGUGGCCCAGCAUAGGGUGGGAUAGUCCACCUGCAGCAGCCUUCCCUAACCUUGAGACCUCCAGAUGUUUUUGGUCUACAGCUCCCAUCAGACCCACCUAGCAUGUGUGUGCUGGCUGGGGCUGAUGGUAGUUGUAGGCCAAAGUAUCCGAAGAAAAGGAACGGUCAGCACUGUCUUCUUCUGCUUGCAUUGGAAAGCCAUAGCAGAUGGUUCAAAAGAUGCCAAAAUAUAUAUUUGCCCCAUUGUGGAAAGCACAACACCUCCUUAUCAGGUUUUAAAUGUGUCCAAGCUGGCUAUUGUGCUUUUUGCUGAAUUUGCCUGGUCACCUUCUGCUUGCCCUUCCAGAGCUACUCACAGUCAUGAUGGAAGGGAUGAAGUGUCACCUGGACAGCAACUUGCCAAAGAUCCGCCAUAUGGGGAUGGUUGUGGCCGAGUGCGUCAGUGCCAGGGUAAUGUCUGAAGGCCCUGCUCUGAAAUUUCAGGUGAGACAGCCAAGUGAACUUUCUGCAGUGUUCAGUUGUGGCAGGGGAAAAAUCCUUUAAAUAUGCUAGUGGAAUAUACCUUUGGUAUUGUGUCACAGCUUCUGCCAUUUAAAAUUGUUGUGUGUAUAUGUUUGUGUGUGUGACAGAGAGAAUGGUUCUGUUUAAAUAUAAUGGGAAAUCAGGAUCCCACCAUGUGAACAAGUCUGUAGGAGCCUUUGCCUCUCAGGAGGAGAGCGCAAACUUUUGCUUCUGCUUUUAGAAAGGCAACAUCUCCUUGUUAGGUCCAAACGUGGGGGACUGGUUUGCAAAACCAUGGCUUCAGAUCCUGACUUUUUCCCUGAAACCAUAGUUGAAACAAACCAUGGUCUUUCAAAUCUGGUUGUAAUGGGCAACUGUGGAUUGUUUCAAAAAUGGAAGCAAAACCUUAUGUCUCUUUGUGGCUGUACAAGAGGCCGGGAGGGAAAGUAUGCAAGUGUGAGGCUUGUUCAUUCAUUUAGCAGGAAACUGUGGUUUCCUGUUAUGUCUGAAUCCAACCAACAUUUAGUCGAGUCUGGCCUUGCUUUUAAGCAGGCCCCUGUCUCUUGUUACAAACCUUGUGGGUCAACCUGUUUCAACCAUUUUCUGAGGUGAAACAACAAGCGCCAUCCCAAGAAUGGACUUAGUAAAUCAAAUUACAGCUGCCACUUGCCUUUAUGCAAGAGCCAACCUGUGUACUAGUCCCCUUAUUCUAUCUUAAUGUUUUGCUUUGUUCUCAAUGUGUUAGUAUGAAGAAGAUGAUGAGAUCAGAGAUUUAAAGACCUUGCUGAUUCAGAGGCCAGAGCAGAUUCCUGACAGUGAUUCCCAGAGCAUUGGGUAAGUUACCUUUAGACUCCUUCAGAUUCAACUAGCACUAGCUGCUUUUUGUCAUUGUUUUCUCCGCUGGAGAGUUUGGCCUAUUUAACACAUUAAGCUAAACCAUAGUCAAAACUAAUCUGCAUUAAUUUGUGUGGUGCUAAAAUACACUUUGUUGAAUAAGCCAGGAUUAUAAACUGGUUUGAUCUAACCUUGUUUCAACAAAGCAUGGUUUAAGCUAACCACAGUUUCUCCCUUUCAAAUGUAAUCAUAAACUGUGUUUGAUUUAAAAUAGGAAGCAGGUGUUCCCAGACCUCUCACCAUGGCUUGCCAGAGGAGGGCGGUGGGUGGGGGAAGGAAAGAUCACAUGAGCCGAGAAGCUCACUAAAACAUGAUGUGGCAUUCUGUGCAAAUGGGACCUUUUAGUCUACGUAACAGUUUUCUUAUUUCUUUGUAGAGUUUCAGGACAUAACUUCUGACGUUUUGAGAACCCAGGCUAAUUUGCAGCAUGUUUGUAUAAUAGCUAUGUUUUCACUUGCUGUUGCACCUCUUUCCUAUUAUCAGCAUGAGCAAGACUUUUCCCUCAGUUGGUAGGAACUUUUUUUUUGGUGCUGCAGGAACAGCAGACCAGCCAUGACACCAAGCACUAUUCUGAAACCCAGUGUGAAACCACAGCCAAGUGCUUCUGCAGGACUGGACCAGGGGGAUGACUCUGAGCUUGAUAGGUAUGUGGGAAAAUGUUGUUUCCAAUCAAGAAGAUAGAUAUAAUGUGGGAUCUUCACACUGUGUGCGUGAAUUGAAGCUCAUUUGAGGAAGAAUUUAAAUUUGUUUCUUUUUCAGCGAUGAUGACCUCGUUCCGUACGACAUGUCGGAGGACAAAGAACUGAAGAAGACCAAGGCUCCCACCUACAUCCGAGACUGUAUUGAAAGUAAGUGAUAAGGGAUAAGAUGGUAUGAAGUCCAUAGCAUUGUUCACAUGACACAUUAAACCAUAGUUAGCAUGACAAGAGCAAGUAAGAAUGAGCCGCAGUGAGCCAUGGGCCUUCAGACUUCCCCUUCCCCUCCCCUCCUCUCAUUUGACCAGGAGAAACAAUUUGGAAGCGUUUGUUUCCACUUUUGCUUAACUGCAUUGUCCAGACCAGCACACUGUGACUGACACGAACUAGAUAGUUUGAAUCAAGCAAACUUUAAACCAUAGUUACUGAAGCUGGCUUGUUUAAACUAACCAUAGUUAAAAUUGACCACUGUUUCUGGUUUGUAAAGCAUAGCAAGCUGUGGUUAAUCAAAUACAGAAGCAAAAGCUUUGGAACUCCUUGGAGGAAGAGAGGAAGUGUGCCAUGCGGCUUUAUCAUGGUUGUUCAAGUUGUGCAAGCCUAUGGUUUAGUGUGGCAUGUGAACUAGCUUUCUGGGAUGUUUUGUUUGUUUGUAUCCCACCUUUCAUCCAAGAAACUGAGGACACCGCAGUGGCUCUCAACAUGUGUUGUGUUUCCUGGUUGAAGUAAACACAUUUAUUGCCUGUGAAACAUCCUGUGGCUUUUCUGUUGGGCUGACACAUUCUAUGCCUUAUUCAGAGCCUCCUGCACUUCUUUACUAUCUCCUGUGUCCCAGACUAGGACAAGUCAACAUGGUGCCUAACUGAUGGGGCUGGACUCCAAUUCCCAUCAUCCCCUAACCACCACUCAUGGGCUGAUGGGUGUUGGAGUCAAGCAAAUUUUGGAAGGCACCUCAUUGGCUACUUUUGUCCCAGACCUAUCUAUGAAAGACUGCCACAAUUAUUUGCAAACCCAAAUCUUUCAGUUUAAAGCAUAUGAUUGCAUGAACUUUCUGCGUUCAUGCAACAUAUAUUCCUGGUACAGCAUUAACUUAACUGGACAACUGGGAAGUCAAAUGCAAGCUUCCUUCUCGUCUUUUCUUUUUCUCAGUCCUGACUGGUCCCGAAGAUCCAGACAAGUAUGAAGCCACAAUGAGCACUCUGGAGUCUUUGAUCCGAAGAAAUGUGGCAGCUGCUCGAGAAGUAAAUGUGACCUGUGCCUCUUGGUUUGAUCUUGAUUCAGCUUUAGAGAUAACCCAUGAGAACUUGUUGGGGCUCAGGGGCUUGCCCUUGACAAGUGAGAAAUACAGGAGGGUGGUCCCCUUUGCCACUGGAAGGCAAUGACAGUUCUCUGUAAUUCUGGUGGUGGCAGCAACCCUACGACAGUUGACUUCUUUGCUGUCCAAGGCAAAAUAUCAUAUUUGGGGUGUGAGGGGGGAAGGCGCAGUUAGGACUUUAGAUCAUACGUCCCCAAACUCGGCCCUCCAGAUGUUUUGGGACUACAACUCCCAUUAUCCCUAGCUAACAGAACCAGUGGUCAGGGGUGAUGGGAAUUGUUGUCCCAAAACAUCUGGAGGGCCGAGUUUGGGGGUGUAUGCUUUAGAUGAUUUCCAGUUGCUCUGCACAUACGUUGAAGCUCCUUGGCAGCAUAAUCAGUCUAGGCAACCUUGGUGAUCUCUUGAACACCCAACUUAGGGUGUCAAGGUGGCAGCAAGAGAUGGGGUAUGGAACUGUCAUCUCUUCCCUGCCCCCUGCAACUUUUUAUUACACUCAAUGAGACCAGCUGACUCUCAACUUGACCUGCCUGAAACAUCAAGCCUCUUGAAUGGCCGAGACUUCAAAACACACACACACAUACACUCUUUGGUAUUUUUGUGCAGGUGAGCGUGGAACUGGCAAAGGUCCUGCUGCAUCUAGACGAGAAGAGCUACGUAGAAGGCUUUGUGGGGCUUCGUCAAGGCGCUCUGGUGGCCAUCGCUGUCACAGACCCAACACCAGUGAGUCCUUGUGCUGUCUUUGGUUCUGACUGCAGGGGCUGAGGUUCUGCAGCUGGCCUUUCUUAGCCAGGCUUGGAGUGGGCCAUUUGAGAAGCUUAGCUAAGGGGCUGGUAAGAAGAGGAGAUUGGUAAGGUUGCACUAGGUGGACAGGGAAAGCCCAUCUUACUAGGAAAGAGCAGGAAAGCCAUGGGCAGAAGCACUGGAAUAAAGCAGUCUGUUCCUCUGCCCUCUUUCCUCUGCCCCUAGCUUGCCAGAUUGAUGGGGCAGCUUGUAAGACUUAAGAAGCCACAGAACACCUCUAAACUCACCUUUGUUUUCUGUUGCCUAGGUGGCUCAGUUUCUGACCUCUGAGUUCUACUCCCUGAACUAUAGUCUCCGCCAGCGCAUGGACAUCCUGGAUGUAAGUGGUCCUUUUCCAGCAUAUUAUAAGCAAGCCUUGUGAGAGGUAGUGUUACAUUGCAGCUAAGAGACUGAGUUACCUGUCGGAAGCUCCCCAGUUCAUUCCUCACCUCUGCCAUGAAGUUGUGUAUAUGUGAAGUUCUGACUCCCGCAUCCCUUAUUUUGCUAUUGUAAAUGGUUUCUUGUAGCUUGAACGAUGCUCUGUGUUUUAUAUUUGCUGUCCUUGUGAAGCGAGUGGGAUGCACUGCACCUCCAGGCUAGAAGCGCCUGACAGCUUCUUGUCUAUUCACUCAGGUGCUGGCCAGAGCAGCCCAGGAACUCUCUCAGCCCUUUUCUCCUAAAGCAAAGCAACUUCCUAGUCUGAAACAGCCCAGCAUCCAGAUCCUGCCUAGCAACAGCUCUUCUCCAGACUGGCAAAAAGUUGUGGAUGAAAGGAUCCGAAGCAAGACCCGAAGGUUUGCAAAGGUGAAGCCAGGAAAUGCAAAACUGCCUUGAGCUGCAGCAGGGGCACAUCAGGGCAGACAGACGAGCUGGUCUUGUGUUCAAGGGUCUCCCACUCCAUCCAAGAAAUAUGCUUUUCUGUUUAGUUCAGGCUUCCCAAACUUCUGGUAAUGGGAGGGGCCAUACAUUCACCUACCCCAUGUGGAGAGGAGUUCUCUCUUUGUUCUGAAGGCCUUCAUAGAAACUUCUUUACUCAGCCCAGGAGAGACAGCAGCCUACGUUAUUAGGGUCUUGUUUGAUCAGCUCUCCUCCGUUUCAACCCGUCUAUAAAUUAUAGACCUGUCCUUGAUCUCUCCUGAUAGGGCUACAUUGGUGGAAGCACCUUGAGAGCUCUAUCCCUGAUCUGGUUAAAGUAACAAUUAACAAAUUAACAAUGGCUCCUUCUAUACCACUACUCCAGCAUGGAGAUUGUUUGCCUUAAAGAGCCAGUCAACACAGCAAGGAAACACUUAGCAUACUUUUUAUUUCAAAGGCACAUCUUGUUCCAGGAAAAGAAAAGCUAUAGCAUAUUCUUAUUUUCAUCCUGGGAUGGGCCUCCUGCCUCUGAUGGUCAUCUCAAGGGAGGACAACUUUUCAGUCCUCUCUCCCGUCUUUUAUUGCCUCCAUUUCCCCCUCCCACAGAUCUUCUUGUCUAUUCAUUCAGGUGCUGGCCAGAUCUGUGCCAUAGAAGGUGAUGCAGUACAAUCACAUUCCACAGUUGGGUCAUGCCCUUCACCACCAAACAUCACCUAUCUCCCGACAUCGUUUUUGAGUUAAGCUGAUACCACCUGAAAUUCAGAAAUAGAUGUGCUUUCCCUGUCUGUGGCUGAACUUGGUCAUAAGAUGUUGCACUGCUAACCACAAAGGUGCUUAAGCAUUUCAAAAGAAACUUCCCUUUUCUUACUUAGGGGCAAAUGGCAACACAUUUCAUGUUUCAGACACCAGUGCCCUUUAAAACUGAUGCUAAGCUGAUUAACUAUGUUUCCAAAUAGUCAAAGCAUUACCGUGGAUCUGGAUUGGCAUGUCUGAAAUUCAUAGAAUCAUAGAAUUGAAAGGACCCUGAGAGUCCUACAAUGAUCCCUCACAAGGAAAGCAGAUUGGUCUGUUUAAGGGAGAGUGAAACAAAACAUUGCAUCCAUGAAGCCUCUUCUGGGGUCUUCGUCAAGUCUCACUUGCUAGUGACGGUUCUCCUGCCUGACCUUUCACUUCGUUUGGAACAGGGCCAGUCGCAAGCAAAGCCACCAUCUGCCCCCAACAGAUUUGGUCCAGUUGCUGGUCAUUUCUUUUUCCCGCUUCUUCGGAACUUCGACAGGUGAGGCCAUUUGCAUUUUCAUGUCCCUAGGGCUGUGUUGUGUUAUCAGAGGCAUGCAUGGAAUACAUUUUGAAUAUCUCCUGCAACAGCACCCAUUAUAUUCAUGGCUGAAAUUUAUCUCAUUGCAGAAAAAGUAAGCUAGCAAUCAACCAGGUGUGUGAUUCAGGUUUGGUAGGUGCUGGGCUGUGUGUCUGUAUUCCAUGUUAAUAAAUGCACCAGGCAUUUAUAUUUAAACAAACAAGUAGUUUAAUUUAAACAGAGUACAGGACUUUUUCUGUCUUUUUAUUUUGCCACUCCCAACGGCUCCAAGAGCCAGAACAGUCCAAACUCUUUAAAAAGACUAAACUGUAGUUCACCUUUUCAUUUGCAGCAAAAAUGUCCAAAGGGUGCCUUUGCACCCAGGUCCUUGGCUCCUUUUGGAAUUGCUGCAUGUCUGUUCUUGCUCAGCUUCUGAAAAAGAAGGCUCUGUCUUGGCUCCUGGAAUUUGGUUCUCUUUAGCAAUAGCAGAGGGUGCCUGAUGGAGAACAACUGUUCUCAGCUUUUUGUAAACAGCAAUUAUGAUAGGAGCUGGGAGCUGCAGUUUAAGACCAAGGCUUGCUGCUUCUCCUCCUUCUCUUUCAUCUUCAUCAUAAUUAUUAUUAUUAUUAAUAAUAAUAAUAAUAAUAUUUUUUUAACAAAUAGAACAAAUUGCUGUCCCAGGAAAACAUGUAUAUCAGGUGUCAGAAGUGUGUCUUCACACAAAGGAAACCAAUGAAGGUUCUAUAUAUACACCUGUGGGGGGAGAAUUCCCCAACCUAGGAGCUGCCACAGAGAACGCCCUCUCCCACCUGGGCCAACUCCCUUCCCAAAACUUUUGAGGGCAGUGGAACUACCAAGAGGCUCCCUUUGCUGAUCUUAAAACCUAAGGGGGUUUGUAGGGAAGGAGACCAACUUUCAGAGCCAGUUAGAACAUUCUCCCUCUCUGCUUUCCAGGCCACUGACCACCUUUGACCUUUUGGGAGAUGAUCACCUGGUUUUGGCCCGGCUGACACACACCCUGGCAAUUCUGAUGUACUUCGCUGUCAACACUGUGGUGAGGAUACUAGAUAGGCCCUUCCAAAGUACCUGAGAAGUACACAGUUGCCUGUGUUUGGCUUUUGGCAUGCUGUGGCUUCCCAUCUUUUGCCAAAGGGAGCCAGUGAACACUUGCUUUGGCGGACAGGAUGUGAGGGGUUGAAGCAUCUACACAUGGUGUAUGCAGGGAGUUUUUGAAACUGCGUGGUCUGAUUCUGGCUCUGAAUUAGUAGAGACCCUUUGGUUUCAAGGCAGAAGAAGCUGCUCACCUCUCCAUGCUUCACUCUGUAAUUACCACUGGCUCUGGGAGUUUGCUUCCCUCUGCCCCUCUAAAAUCAGGGUGGGAAAGUUGUGGCCUUCCAGAUGUUGCUGGACUGUAGCUUCCAUCUUCCCCGACCACUAGCCAUGCUUGCUGGGGCUGGGAGCAUCUGGAGGGCCACAGGGUCCCUGCCCCAACUCCAAAAGCCAAGUGCUCUCAGGAUUCUGCAUAAGCUGCUUGGUUUCAGAACUGCAGCAAUAAACCAGCAGACCUAGCGAAUGCAGGUGGGUGGAAUGUCCACUCUCGACACAGCUCUCAGUCACUGUUGCCUUCCCACUCUUCAAGCACUAACAUACCUGAUGGCCUCCCAAGACUGAGUCCUUUAUCUUUGAUUGGGUCACUUGUAAUUUAAAAAAUAAAUAAAUCCAGAUUCCUUGGCCUUGCAAACAACUCCAACAAUGCGUUCAGUAGGGAGAUAUAAAUACGUAUCCCACAAAAUAAAAUUAAAAAAACACAAUUUGACACUUUAUUUAAAUUUCAAAUGUGAAGCUCAGUUUUUUAAAUGUAUGUCAAUAUUUCUUAAAUCAGUGCAUGCCGAGUUUCCCCCACUAUGUACCACCUGCAGGAUGUGGCGAUUCCCCUGCCUCCGCCCCCAGGUACGAAGCAGUAGUGCCUUCAAUUGUGGAUGAGCCACUGUUUCCAUUCCUGGUCUCUUAAUGUUUGAAUCCAGGGCAGACUUUCUGAGGGAGAGUGGAGGAGGCUGCUGAUCUCAAGCAAUAGCCAGCAGUACUGUUAACAGAUGGCAAAUUGUCACUGCUUUUCGGUAUAAUUCUAUACCUGCCUACAAAGGAGCAAGUCCCAUUGAGUUUGGUGGGGCUUACUCAAAGGAAAGUGACUAUGGGAUUGCAGCCUUUGCUUACUAUAUCUUUACCAUUUGGAUUUUCUGUCUCAGAAAGCAAAAUACCCGAGGCUAACCAUUCAAUGCCUCUUCCAUGGAUCCUGAUUUGUGUGUCUCCUCCAGGUAGCAUCUGCGAUGGGGAAGGCCCUGCUAGAGUUCGUCUGGACCCUGCGCUUCCAUGCAGACACGUGAGUUCUUGUGAGCAUCAUGGUGGCAGCGGGAGGGACCCCCUGCACCCAAAGCCAGGGAACCCAAUCAAGUGGGGGAAGGAGUUUGUUCUCUUCGUCCCAUUCUCGCCCUUUGGGCCCCCCAGUAGUACCAAGAUGCCAGAGCCAGGUGGGGAAGAGAAACGGCUACAAAAAGGGAAAGUCAGGUUGAGUAAAACUGAGGCUGAGAGAGCAUUUCAAGUCACACUGCCCUCAAGUUCUUGAAUGAGUCAGCCAUUAUCAUAAGCAACACUUUCCAAUGUCUGUAGUUUGAAUGUGAAACUGAUGCAACCUCAGGCAUGAAUAUGCCAUUAUUAUUAUUAUUAUUAUUAUUGUUAUUUCAUUAAUAUGCCCCCUAUUUAUUUAAAUAAAUUUAAAUAAAUAAUUUGUUAGUUGCUUUUUCUUGCCCAAGGCAACUCCCAAGUAGGUUAAGUGUAGGUUAACUACAGUAACGAUCUUGUAAUGUUUAUAAGUUCUGGGUUUUUAAACUAUUUCGUAUGGGUGUUAGUUCUUUCCCCCCUUUUUCUUCCCCCACUUUUAUGUCUUGUUUUUUCCCUGUGCACUCUCUCUCCCUCCACACACACACAAAAAGAAUAAUUUUUAAAAACCCAUGUAGAUGCAUUAAAACAAAGGAGGGGGGAGGGACAUCCCACCCAUGCUCUAGGAAAGCAGCUUUAGCUACAGCUUUCUUGGUGGUGUUCUUUACACUCCAAAUAGCAACUAGAAGAUGUGAGUGGGACAGAAAUCUCCUGAGUUCAGCUCUGGGUAACUCUCGGUGCAAUUCAAGCAACUAAGUUUGGUGACUCCAGCAGAAAAAUGAAGCUAGCAAAGCAGAAGGCAGUGUCAAGGCCACCAGCUAUCAGUUGGGUAGGGAUGAGAUUCCUUCCUGCUGGCUUUCACAAGGGCACUCCUUUUCCCUGCAGAUAUGUGCGCCAAGGGCUUUUGUCAUCUGUCUCUUCCACACUCCUGAGUGUCCCUGCUGAGUGCCUUCUGGAGGACAUGACGGAGGAGCUUUUAGAGACCCAAGCCUGGCUGGCAGGUGAGAAGUCACUGUGAGAGCAGGCCGUUGGCAGGGGUUGUGCUGAGGUCAACCCUUCUCUCACUCUCUGAUAUUGGCGAGAGGCAGAGAAGCUACAUCCCAGGCUGGAAUUUCUCUGUCCUUGUUCCCAGUGUGCCAGUUUGGUCAUGUGAAUGGGUCUGUCUUCCUGAGGGGUGUAUGGAAGUGGGGAAUUCCACUGGGCCAUUUUUCUCAGCACCCACCCCCACAAGCAAAGGAGGAUACAACCAGUCUCCAGUCAGGAGAGGGCAGUUGAGCGUCUCCUGCAUGCCCAGAAAUGCACGAGGUGAUGCAGCCUGACUCAGAUUUCAUUGCUGAAGGGGCGAGUUGCCAGGAAUCAAGUGCCACAUGUCCUACAUAAGCUCAGAAGCCUUCCCAUUUCUGCCCUGGGUUGCUUUCCCUCACCAUUUGGAUCCUGAGAGUGAGCUUCCCACGGGAGCUGGAGAGGAUGUGACACCAGCACAGCUAGUCUUUGAUCCCUGGACUGGCUGCUAGAAAUCUGUGCCCUUAAAAGGGAAAAGGGCUGCCAUGGAGCCUAAAGAUUCCCUCUUUUCCCAUGCCGUGGUGUGUGUGGAGGAAUAGGCUUUUGCUGUCCUCGAGCGUAGCCUGCUGAGCAAUGAUUUGAGGCUAGCCUGAAAGGAGACGGGAUGCAUGGUCUUGGGCUGAUAACGCUCAGGAGGGCAACUGGACAGGUGGAGAAGAGUCUUCCUGGGCUGGUGCUAAAAUCCCAUAUCCUCCUAGGCAGAUGGAAAGUAUUGUGUAAUGUGAAUAGGGUAUGAUUUGCAUACGCAGUCAAGGUGUGGAGGGGCAAAGUCAUCACAUAUUUAAACAUCUCUCCAACCAUGAUGACUAGAAACUUUGUCCUUGUGGGUAACAUGUUGCCUGGCUCAUGAAGCGCUAUAGGCAUAUGGAAAGGGAAGGCAAGAGCUAGUGGCUUAGAAAAUUGUGAUAGCACAGAGGUUUUGACUUUUAUUUCUUCUACUUGGCUAGCCAUCUGCUUCCACGGUGCACACUCUCUCGUUAAAUGAGCCUUUGUUACAUUGGGGCAACUGCUGAUGUUAAUCAUUUUGGACUGCAGGCUGCCCUUAGAACUGUGUUCCAUUCUGUCAUUUUAUAAAUAGAGGGGGGCUAUCUGAGUGAGUCAUGUACCCAGACUGACCUAGUGCUGGGCUUCAAGCGCUUAGCUUGUGCGCACAGGAUUUCCUCCCACAGACUCGCCACUCGUUCAGGCUCCCCUCUGCUCUGACAUCCUGAUUUCCACUUUGCAAGACUGUUAGAAAUAUAGAGCUGCCAGCCACCCCCUCCCUCCCCCUGGUACAGUGCCUAUUUGCUGCCUAGCAAGCAAAAAUUCAGUAGCUGAAAUUUAUUCUGUCCUGGCAUCUGUGUGUCGGGGGGAGGGAAUGAUUUGCCCGCUGCAUUUCUCGAUUCUUAAUAUGUCUGCAGCUGUUUAAGGUACAAAAACCUAGCCAGAACAAGACCGGCAAGCCGAGCUGAUGUGCCGUAUAGCACAGUGCUCAAGACAAGGAAUGAUGCAAGUGCCACAUCAGAUGCUAACUUUUCUGUAUGGUAUGAGGACUGUUUGUGCUUCACAGUACAGUGGUGCCCCGCAAGACGAAAAACCCGCUAGACGAAAGGGUUUUCCGUUUUUCGAUGCGCUUCGCAGGACGAAUUUCCCUAUGGGCUUCCUUCGCAAGACGAAAAUGUCUUGCGAGUCUUGAGAUUUUUUUCGCUUCCCCCCCCUUUUUCUAAGCCGCUAAGCCACUAAUAGCCUUUUAGCCGCUAAGCCUUUAAUAGCCGCUAAACCGCUAAUAGCGCUAAUCCGCUAAUCGGGUUGCUUCGCAAGACGAAAAAACCGCUAGACAAAGAGACUCGCGGAAUGGAUUAAUUUCGUCUUGCGAGGCACCACUGUACAAAGAAGUGCAUACCUCGUUUCAUAAAGUUGCCGGUUGAUAAAAAUGCAUCUGUACAAAGUGGCUUAUUGUUGCUGCAUUGUGCAGUUGGAAGCAUACCUCUGAGUAUGAGGGCAGAAAUUUCUUUCACACACAGAUAGGUGCAUGCCUGAAAUGGCUUUAUGGAAGUCACCACUUCACAUAAAGUUUUAUGCAAAAUGUGGAUUUGUAAACUUGAGCUGGGUUUGUGUGGGAGUCAGGCUUUAAAUUCGUCCUUUAAAACUAGUUUAGAGGUAAAGAAUCUGAAAUACUGAGCCAAAAAAAGAGCACGUUCCAGUGUUCCCUCAGUUACUCAGUGUUAAAACUCCUCCAAUCUUUACUUGGUCCUGUGGUUAAAGAAAACAGACAGCUGCUGCAACUUUAUCUUGCCAGCACCUAGUGCUGAGAUGUUUUGGUUACACGGGGUAACUGUGUAAAAAAGAAAUGUUGCUAAAUAAAGUUUGGUCUAAAAUCAAACAAGCUGGAUAUUUGGAGAGCUGGGGUGGGGAUAACUUCCUUUUAUUGUUCCUUUACUGAAGCACACUUGACAGUUCAACUAAUGCUCUACAGGGAUUUCCUCGAGCCAUUCUUUCCUCUCCUCUUGUCUGUCUUUUCCUAUUUUCUGCAGAUGUUGCAGAGAAGGACCCAGAUGGUGACUGCAGAAGUUUGGCACUGCAGAAUCUGCUACUGAUGGAAAACCUGAAGAAAAAAACUCUUGAAACGUGAAGGAGGGCUUGAUGAUGGAGAUGCCCUUUGCCUGCCCUCUGUCCAGCUGGUGGCUCAGAAUCUGCCCUGUCUCUGCUUGGAGGACAGGAAUGGAAGGAGGACACUGAGCUGUAAGCCAUAGAUAGGUAGCUUAACAUCUGGGCUUGGUAGCAGAGGGUAGUUGAGUAUGCAUUUGUUGUUGGUCUGUUGGUAGAGAGGUGUGCUGGUACUGCUGCUUUUCUGCAAACACACACUUGUGUGUGCAUAGGCUGACACUGUAGCCAGGACAGGAGCAAAGAGACUAUUUACUCAGUGUUCUUGAACCAGGUUAAUAUGAGUAUGUUGCAAAGGAAAGGAUCUACGCCAGCUCCAAAACCUGUGUGUUGUUCGUCUCAUCUGAGCUCUGGAUAGAGUAUGGGCUCUUUUUGACUUUGGGUCCUUACUGGGUAUCAUGCAUUAACUUCUGUUUGACUUUUGUGCAUGACUACAGUAGCCAAUGGUAACACAGCAGGACUCUAUUGACUGAUCAGGUCUGAUAAAAUGGCUUGAAAGUGCUGUUAACUCAGCCUAAGAUGUUCACUGAACAGAGGACUGGUGAACAGGUCAUGUGGCUCAUCUGCCAAGAGCAGAUGAAGUCAUUUCUCCUGGCACUAUUUCACACACACUGCAAAAAGCGCACUCUCAACUUGCACUAAAUGUGAUGCAUUUUCUGCAAAGUAACCAAGAGGAGAAGGGGGUGGGGUUGAGGGAAAAUGGAAGUCAUGUUGGAUGCUCUGUUUGAUUACAUCAGAUUUUCAAACAAUGUGUUAUGAUGCUUACAUCAAGUUCUGUUUUGGCCCAAACCUCUUGCUCUCUCAUCUUUUCUGAUAUACAAAAUUACUCAAGACAUUUGUGUUUCCCAAAAAUGUAAUAAAAGUACUAAAAUACCUGAAAGUGGGCUAAAAACAAAAAUGGCAUAUACAUAUGUUUACCACUACUAACUUGCUAAGAGAUGCACAAACCUCAACAACUGGGCAGUGCAUUCAAACCAUAACAUCUUGGAAAAAGCCAAGCAUACAAUAUAGCUUAGAAACUGGCUUCUCACCAGUCUAUUUACCCCUAAUAAAAUGAGGCAAGGCAAUCCUUUGGCUCUCCUCUAAUAGUGCAGGAAUAGAAGUUACCAUCUUACAGGGACCAAGCUCAGACUGCUUAGGAAGCCUCUGCUUCAUCAGCCACUUCGUCUUCCACUCCUUUCUCCUCCAUGCUGUUGUGGCGAACCCUCUCUGGGGCAGUGUUUCGGCUCAGAGGAAUGCCCAGUCCCCUGUGGACUGCCUCCACAGUCUGUUGGCUCACAUAGUAAUUGAGGUUGACGCAGGGAAUCUUUUUCCGCAACUCUUCUAGGUACCGGUAGGCCUAGGGAGAACAAAAGUAUGUCCUAGUCAAGGGUUGUUCUCACUUGAACAGAAUGGUAAAAUGAACUAAAAAAAUCUACCUCCAGGUGACUGUGGCACUGACAAGCUAUUUUAAGCUCAGACUGUAAGCCGUUAUCUGCUUAUACUGGAACAGUGCAAUCAUAACCACGGAUUUGAGUUGUCUUUGUGAAACCAUAUCCACUGGUUUUCAACAUCUGACUAAGGAGUUUUCUAAUAGCUAUACCAACAGCAGAAGGGUUGUGAGAUGCUGGUUUUCAUUAGCUGUAUGAGUGAUUCCCAAGGCUCCAUAAUAUCUAGAAUUUGUAUUCCUUCAUGUUCAUAUAGUUAGAACCUGCAUUAAAGGGCUGGAAGCCAAGAGA